AUGGCCCUCUAUGGCACCUCCGAUGCCUUGAUGUAUUGGGCAUUCCCGACCACCUUCAGGGGACUGGCACGAGCGUGGUUCAGUCGGCUGUGCCCGUCCUCGGUCUCGCCUUUCGACAAGCUCACAAGGGAGUUUAAGCAGAAUUUCCUCACCAGCGUGCGACCUAGGCCUUCCAUGGCCACCUUGCUCACAUUGUCCCAGCGCAAAGAUGAGUCACUCUCUCAGUUUGUGGCAUGCUUCACCACUGAAAUCCGGGGAUUCCCGGAUGCUCAUCCCUCUUUAAUCAUGCAGGAGUUUUUGAUGGGUUUGAAGCCUUCAAGGUUCUUCUAG